AUGGUUAGUCGUAUGCACGAUCCAAUCUGCCCUUCCAAUCGACCCGUUCGUGCGGUGUUCUUUCGGAGGUCCACACAACCACGUCGCUUUCUUGGCAUUCAAAUACAUUACACCUCCACAGGUGCUUUUCUACACCAAUCCCAUUAUGCCCGUGACAUUCUCCAGGCUUCGGGAUUGCAGGAUUGCAAAUCAGCCAGCACUUUGAUAUCUCCUUCUGGAUGUAGAAGUGCACCAGAUCUUACACCUUACGACAAUCCCACUCAUUACAGGCAAUUGGCAGGCUCUCUGCACUACCUAACAAUCACGCGACUAGAUCUCUCAUUUGCGACCAACACCAUCUGCCAAACUAUGCAUAAUCCCACAAUAUAUGACUAUAUGAGACUAAAACGACUUCUUCGUUAUCUCAGAGGAACUCAACAUCUUGGUCUCCCUAUUUCCAAAGGCUCCAUGGAACUUACUACCUACUGUGAUGCCGAUUGGGCCUCGGACACCACUGAUCGCAAAUCCAUCACAGGAUUUUGCACAUUCCUGGGUAACAAUCUCAUUUCUUGGAGUGUGAAGAAGCAAACAACAGUUUCUAAAUCAUCUACGGAAGCAGAAUACAGAGCUCUUGCUUCGGCUCUGUCUGAUGUCAUUUGGCUACGACGCCUUCUACUUGAUUUUCAGAUUCAUCUUGAUCAGCCAACUACAAUAUUCUGUGACAACAUUUCAGCUCUUGCUCUCGCUCACAAUCCAGUGUUUCACGCGAGAACAAAGCAUAUAGAAAUUGAUCAUCACUUUAUUAGUGAUCACAUCCAGAAGAACACCAUUGUUGCAGCUCAUAUCAACUCCGACGAUCAGCCGGCUGACAUUUUAACCAAGCCUCUGUCCACCUCUCGUUUCAUUACACUCCGCAACAAAUUAACUAUCAGUAAACUAUAUAGUUAA